CUGUCCGCGCAGCGCUGGACCCCUCAGCAGCAGCAGCAGCGUCCUGAGCGCGCACAGAGCCGCGGCUCGCCUCAUCUCAGCCCCGGACGCUCAGGUGCGAGCUGCGGGUGCAAAUCUGCCUCUGCUGAUGGUCCCGAGGAACCACGCGGACCCACACAUGCUGUUAUUCUCCACCUGCUGCUGUUAUUUUUAGGUGAAUAAUUAAAAAAAUCAAAGAAAACUUUGGGGGAUGUCUUCAUCGGUGAGUGCCACGGAGGAGGUCCGGGUGUCGGCGCUGACGCCCCUGAAGUUGGUGGGACUCGCGUGCGUCUUCUUCGCGCUUUGUCUGGAUAUUGGGGCCACGCUGAGCCCGGCGUGGGUCACGGCGGAGGACCAGUACUAUCUGUCCCUGUGGGACUCUUGCUGGAAACCGGUCAGCUCCGUGGAAUGGUCCUGCAGCAGCACGCUGGCCACAGACUGGCAGAUUGCCACACUGGCCUUGCUGCUGGGGGGAGCAGCCCUUACCCUGUUCUCCUUUCUCGUGGCCCUGAUCUCCCUCUGCUUUGGAUCCAGGAGUCGCUGUUACAAGACCAUCGCUGUCAUGCUGUUCUCUGCUGUGGUGCUUCAGGUGUGCAGCCUGGUCCUGUUCCCCAUCAAGUUCAUAGAAACCGUCAGUCUGAGGGUUUACCACGAGUUCAACUGGGGCUACGGUCUGGCCUGGGGAUCCACAAUCUUCUCCUUCGGAGGUGCCAUCCUCUACUGCCUCAACCCCAAGAACUAUGAAGACUAUUACUAAGAAGUAGACAAAAGCCAGGACUAUGUUUCACACACUAAUAAAUGCAUUCCCACAGACUGGAGAACUGGAAAAAAAAACAAAUGUUUCUGAUCAGACAGGGGUUCUGUCCCUAAACCCUGAACUGAGGCCUGCAGGCUCUCUAUGGGGGCUUGGCAGGAUGCCCCGCUCCGAAAAAGAAAGGCUUCUAGGAGUAUUUUACUAAUGUCAAAAUUCAGUGUCUCCUUUAAAUGCAAUUCCCGCAGGUCUUAGAUUUGGGCAGCGAAGGAUGAGGGAACAGAUGGAGUCUGUGACCUCAUAUCCACACCAACUGGUGGACCAAUGAGCGGAGAAAAGACUGAUGUAAUCUAAGAGCAAUGCAGAGAGGAACACGGUCUAUUGAAGUGAUAUCCUGAUGGGGACAACACAAGGAAGACCAGGCAAGAAUUUAGAUUUCCCCUGAUACUUAAGAUGUGGAGCUUGCCCCGCCCACUUAGUGGACGUUAGGGUGUACACAUUUUUCAUUCUGUCCUAUUUCAGGCUAAAACCAGGGCAGAAGUCACUACCAAGCCAAGAAAACAUUCCACCAUCACUUUGGUAAUUGAAAGGAGGAACAUAUGAACGCUUGUCAUACCCUAACCUCAUGAAGUGUGUGAAUUAUGCGGCUUUAUGUAUGUGCCGUGUGAAUAAUAAUAUAUUCGUUCCAAGGAGAGAUCUGGCAAAUGAUCGGGCCUGCUGUGCGCACAUGCAUCCAUGAUGACUGCUCCCGGCAUGCGCUCACAGAAGCCCCCCCAUGUGAUGCCUCCUGAUCUUCCUGCUUUGUGAGGAAAUGUGAACAUUCAUAGAACAGGCAGCAUUUAGAGCUGACAAAAGCAACAUUCACCGUAGUUCAAGUCUGUAUGGUUCACAUCACACGGAGGGGGAAUGAUGUGGAAAAACCAUGCACUCACAGGCUCUGGUGUCAAAUCAUUUAUAAUAUUUAUACAUGUAAUCACCCUGACCAUCGCUUAAAGUGAGUGAGUGCACGUCAAGACAGUUGCUGCAGUGUUAUUGGGUAAAAUAAAAAUAAAAACACAUUUUUAAAGUGUUUUGUGUGACCUUUUUUUUUUAAAGGAAUCUACAGGAAUCAAUAAAUCACUCAGCGCAAAAACAUAUUAAA